CUUCCUUUUCUUCCUUCCUUCCUUCCUUCCUCCUUCCCUCCCUCCAUCACCUCCCCUUCCUUCCCCCAAAGUGCGGAUCGCUCGCCACCGGGCAGCAUGGACGAGCAGACGCGGAUGCUGCAGACGCUGGCCGGCGUGAACCUGGCCAGCCACGCGGUGCAAGGGGGCAUGGCUCUGCCACCUCCCCACGGGCACGAGGGCGCCGACGGCGACGGCCGCAAGCAAGACAUUGGCGACAUCCUGCACCAAAUCAUGACCAUCACCGACCAGAGCCUGGACGAGGCGCAAGCAAAAAAGCACGCUCUCAAUUGCCAUAGGAUGAAACCCGCUUUGUUCAGUGUCCUGUGUGAGAUCAAAGAGAAAACAGGGAAUGGGGGGUAA